GGCGGCCAUUUCAUUCCUCCACGUCACUCUUCCCAGGGGAGAUGGUUCUGUAGUAGGAGGAGGGAACCAUCACAACGACUGCGAGAAGCGCACAGCAGGGAGGAGAAAGAGAGUGCGCGUAACGCAAUGCCGGCAGCAGGAGCAGCAGGCGCGGCGACGGCGCUGACGACUCGCAAUGUCGCUCUCUACGGCCUCGUCUCGUCUGCGGCCGCUGUGGGCGUUGUGGUGAGCGCCUUUCGCCAGCGCUCCAACUUCUAUUCGGCCGCUGUCAUGCUGGGGGGCAGCAACGGCUGCAUGCUCGUACUCUUCAACUUUGGCCUCUUUCUCACCGUUGUUUUUGGCAAGGCUUGCCAGCGCAUCUUCUUUGGGGCCUUGCGAGCCAUCGAGAUCGAGCACCUCUACGAGCGGUCAUGGUACGCGGUCACCGAAAGCCUCUUGGCCAUGACGAUGUUUCGCGACGAGUUCGACUCGAGCUUCGUCAUUCUCUUUGGCACCCUGCUGUUCCUCAAGGUCUUUCACUGGCUCAGCGCGGACCGUAUCGAAUUCAUGGAGCAGUCGCCCUCGGUCUCGAGGCUGUUCCACGCCAGAAUGAUUUCGAUCCUUUGGACGCUCUUCUGGCUCGACACCUUUCUCGUUGCCUUUGCCGUCGAGAUACUCAUCAUCGACCAGAAGAAGAGGUGCCAUGGGAGGGCAAGAGCAUGUAUGUCUUCUUCGUCGAUCUCGUCACAGCUGGCGACCUACCUCGGCUUCUGCGCCCUCAUUGUCAGCUACUAUGGUCUGCCACUCAACAUCAUUCGAGAUGUCUACAUCACUGGCAGGUCCUUCUUUGGACGAAUUCGCGACUUCAUCAAGUACCGCGCUGCCACCCGAAACAUGGACACGCGCUUCCCAGAUGCUACGCACCAGGACAUGCGCACAAUGAGCGACGGCACAUGCAUCAUUUGCCGCGAGGAAAUGAUCGUCAGUGAUGCUGGAGCCACUGAAGAGAGCGAGGGAAGAGCACCUGGCCCCUCACCACCAAGCAGCAGCGGCCUCAACGAGACGCCAAAGAAGCUCCCCUGUGGACACAUCUUCCACUUUCACUGCCUUCGAUCCUGGUUAGAACGGCAGCAGAGCUGUCCAACGUGCCGGAGAACCGUUUUCGAUGCACCUGCAGCUGCCACUCCUGCGGCGCCGGCAGGUGGGGAAGCAGGGCCAGCUCAGGGAGCUGGUGCACCUGGUCAAGGGCCGGCGAGAGGGGCAGAGGCUGCCAAUCCGGCGCAAACAGCCAGAGAUCGGCUUCAAGGGUUUCUGCAACAGCUGCAAACAGACGCUCAACGGGCGCGAGAGCAAGGGGACCGCUCGGCGAGGGAAGCAGCAGCAGCGAACGCAGCAGCAGCAAGUGGCUCCUUUUCUCGAUCAGCCACCCCGAGGCCAGGGCCUUCUACAGUGACGGAUAGCACCAGAACAAGAAAUGCUGCUGGUGCUCUUCCCACGGCCAGCGCAACUGCUGCAGAGGUACCUUCACGAUCCCAUACAACGUCUCGGACACAGUCGCCUAAUCGAAGCUCUCAGCAACCUCGAGGGCGGACACCCAUCCGACGAGCUCUCAUCAACUCUCUUUUCCCUACCUCGGGUGCUUCUUCACCGCACCAUCAAAAUAUGUUCGGCACAGGAGGUCCAUCGACUUCGCCACCUGCUCAUUAUCAGAACAUGUACGGAGUCGGUCCUUCACUUAAUUCGACCUUCGCGAGGGGCAGCGACACGCACAUUGGGCCGAGCUGGAUUCCGCCGCCUCCGUGGACAUUUAGGCCAUCUGUCACAGCUGGACCGGCAAAAAAGGGCGAGAGUAGCACUGCAACAGCUGCAGAUGCAAAGGAGAAAGCAUCGACAGAGCAGGACGCAGGCGGGUCGAAGGAAGCCAAGGACGCGCCAAUCGAUCCACUGGACGCACGAGAGGCAGCCAGGGCGGCCGCACUCAAGCGGUUCGAGGCUCUCGGAAAGGGAACCGCCUCAAAGGCAGCCUCUUCUUCCAGAUCUGUCACGAUGCCGCCCUCUAGCGCUCAGCCGUCAGAUAGGCAAGCCGAAUCAGCACAACAAGAGGAAAAGCCCUCGGAAGAAGCAGACAUUCCGGGGAAUCCCGCAUUGAUACCUUUGUUUGAUCCUCUGAGCAUCCCUUCCUUUUCGGCCGAUUCGCUGCCGUUGCCCCUCGCUUCUCGUCCAGCCUCUACACAAUCGACGGUCCAACAGGCAACUCAACCACAUCUCGACGCGAGGCUGAGCGAUGCAGAGCUGGCAACGCUGUCGAGAUCGACCCGACAAGGACUCGAAGAGAGGUUGAAGCUCCUCGAGAGGGUCCAGGGCAGCAUCUGGCUUGCCGUCGAGGAGCUCAGCCGUGCACUGAGCGUCGUGCCUGACGACGAGGCCAGCGAGCGAAUCAUCGACAACGAAGGCGAUGAGCGCCAAAGAGGAAGAACCACAAGGAGAGUCGAGGAACAUGAGCACGUUGGCUUGAACAAGGGCAAGGAAAAGCAACGCGAGGAAGAGGAGGUGGACGAUUGAUCUGCUCUCUUGCCUUCUUUUUGUCUUCAUAUCUCUCUCAUCCUCGUUGCGUUCUCUCUGAUGAAGCUUCCUUAAGAUUUUUCAAUCUAUUCUGUUGCGUGCUUCCAGGGCCUUUUUUUCUCCCCC